CGAGCAUAUGCGCUCUGGUCGCCACCAUCUGUGUUGCUGCGUUCUCAAACACGUUUCUCUACAUAUUCUUUUUCCUGCUGCUGGGCCGGUUGUACACAAACUCAAUUCUGGUCACCCUCAACUCGCGAGAAUACAUCAAAUCAACGAGCGACAACCACAGCGACGAGCAGUACUCCCUGGAGAACAACUCCGUGCGCGCACGAGUG